GCCCCUAAUUGUUUUUUUUCUCUUUCAAUGUUAUUGUUGUUAUUGUUGUUGUCCUUUUACAGCCCCACUCUUGAACUGACGAUGCAUUCAUUAUCAAUCUGCAUCAUUUAUUGAUUUUACAUUAAAAUAUUUUCUUUAAAUUUGGAAAUUAGUUUAUGUUUUUGUGCGUCUUUGGCUUUGGGUGUGUCAUUUUGUAUCUUCUGGUGAAUGUAUGUUUGUAUGGCUAAUUUGUGAGCAAUUUGAAGUUUGGGUAUUUUGUUUCAUUUAUCUCAAAUUUUUUGGUUAUGUAGAGAUCAAAAGCCCCAAAAAAUGGGAAUUGAGAUGCCUGUGGGACCUUCUUUUGCUUUCUUUUUGGAGGGGGAAAAAAAAAAAGAAACCAUCAACAAUUUUUUAAAGGAGAAACCUUGUGACAUAUGUGGUGCUCUUGGUUAUGGAGAACUGAUUGUAACUUGUAUUAAUUGUGGAGUAGCCCGUGAACAUGUUUAUUGCAAGCAGGUCUUUGACCAAGAAGUGCCUGAAGUUUGGAUUUGUGAAGACUGUAUAACAGAAAAAGGCAGAUGUGGUGGAAAGGAUAAUUUCCAGGACUCCUCCAAUAUAGUCAACAAUGAUAUGGUGACACAGGGAGGAUCCACUAAAUUUUAUGAUGAUUUAGGAAGGCAUAGACAUUCUAAAAGGCAAAAGCCUGUAGAAACUGGCAAAGUGAAAUUUCUUCCCACUGAAGAAGUAAUUAGACUAUCAUCGGGAGCUGCUAAAAGGACAUCUUCUUUAAAGAGUAAUUUGGGAUACAGACCUAGUUCUUCUGUUACUCCAAAAUUCUCUCCUGUAAAGUUAAACCCGAACCCAAGAAUUAUCUCUUCAGGUCUUAUGAAGCCUCCUGGACAUGGCAGAAUCCAAAUCGAUUCACUAACUGGUCAACAGGGACCCAUAAUAUCAAAAGAACAAAAGCCUACCACCAUUCCUAUGAAGGAACAUAGUUGCAAGGCUACCAUUAGACCAGUGAAGGAAAGUAGUUGCCUAGAGCAAAAAAUAACUUCCAUCAAGCCUGGUGAAGAAGUCAAAACUUGCAAUGCCAAUUUACUUGCCAAAGAAGUAAGAGAUUGCAAUAGUAGUGUGAUUGCUAAAGAAGUCAACACUUGCAAUGCAAAUGCACAGGAAGUUGUGGACAAACAGCUAGGGACAUCUUCAACAUCAACACAUGAUACUUCAAUUAUGGGCAGUGACUCUUGUCCUGUUGCUGAAUUUAAGAAGUCUGAUGCUGAAGUAAGAGGUUCAACAAGUCUGCUGCCUAAACUUAGCCUGCAUCAUUCCUAUUUCCCUGCUCUGAGAGCUACUUGGAAGGGAGGCUUCAAGUUUUUUGAUACUACCAAGCCUGGUAAAUUUUAUGGUGGGUUCCAGGCUCAGCCUCCAUGCAUAGUAAAUCGUAAAGCCUAUAACUUGUCACAAACAAUGCCUACAAUCCUUCAAGUUGAGCUGCUUCCACGGCAUCAUGUUUGGGAAGAUCUAUUCCAGAAUGAUUAUCCAGAUUGUCAUGACAUUGCACUUUAUUUUCUCCCUUCAGCUAUUACUGAGAGAUCCAAAGAUAACUGUGCUAGUCUGUUCAAGCUUAUGGAAAUCCAAAAUUCUGUAAUAAGAAGUUGCAUUAAUGAUGUGGAGUUGAUUGUAUUCACAUCAAAACUGCUUCAUAGAAACUUGCAAGGUGUUAUUGAAAAGUCAAGCACAGAACAGUUCUUAUGGGGAGUUUUUCGUCAUGCAAAAAGUCAUAAAAUUCCUCUGGAGCCCCAUUUUGCCAGCAUGGAAUGCUGUGAGACAGAUGAUAUGGAAAUUGAAAUGGAAGGUGGACAGGCUUUAGGGAGAGUUGAUAUGGUUGUUACAAAAGAACUGUACCACUUGCAAAGCUCAGCGGGGAAGUUAUCUGAUACUGCAGAUGAGGUUGAAAUUAUUCCCCCUGGUUUAGAAGACCUGUCAAGGCGUAAAUUGAGAAACCUGUCAUUUAAGGCCAGAUAUAUAGAGGAACCCCAAAUGGGAAACUUUGGUCCUCGGGGGGCGAAAGGAGAUGGAUAUUCUCAGUUUCGUCCAAUGGAGUCCAAAAUUGAAGCACACAAAUUUGGAUUUGAUCAACUGAAUUUCAGUCGCAAAUUGAGUACCAAGUUACCAGUUGAAACAUACAGAGCAGCAUGCUGGAGCCCUCCCCCAACAAAUUGGGUCAAGUUGAACGUGGCUGGGAAGUCUAAGGGAAGUUCAGGCGUUGCUGGAGCAAGUGGAAUUAUACGAAAUGAAUCUGGCAAAUGGGUUGUUGGCUAUACUCUCAACUUGCAUAGUCAAACAAGUUCAGGAGCAGAGUUGUGUGCUUUAUUUCAGGGCUUACUGAUAGCCUGGAAUAGAGGAUUUAGGAAAAUCCUGGUGGAGGUGGAAGAGUAUCUGAAGAGAGCCACCGCUACUCUGGAUCCUAAUAGGGCUCUAAUUGACUGCUGCAUGAAUCUAAUCAAGCGUGAUUGGGAUUGCAAAAUUCUUCAGGUUCGUAGGGAAGCAAACUUGUGUGCUAAUUGGUUAGCCACUCAUUUUGAAGACCAUCCGUUGGGAUUGACAAUUUUUGAGAGCCCACCUGGUAAUUUGGUUCCUAUAUUGCAGAAGGAUUCUAUGAGGAGUCCUUACCCCUCUCAUCAGGCUUAGUCGGACUUAGCCCUCCUAUGCACAGCUAACACUUGUAUGUUAGAUUUUGCUCUUGACAUGGCUCUGAAAUUACCGGAUGUUUUUGUAAAUACUGCUUGCUGACAUGUUCAAAAGUACAUAACAUAUUUGUAAAUUUGCUCAUUGAGACGGUUCUGAAGGUUCAGGUAAUAUGAAAAUAUUACUAAGGUUAAGUAGCACUAACAGCAUCAAAACUAUGGGAAACCAGCCUUUGAUGCCCUUUGUUGAAAUUGCUAAUGUAAGAUCAUGCUACGUUCUUGUUUAGCUGCAAUGAAAUAGUUGUUGUUGUGGUUAA